GCCUUUCCUAUAUACUCUUGGAGGGUUAACAAAAGCUGAAGCUUCACAUAUAUGCAGAAACCAAUUUCAAUUUGGCUGAGUUUUUCUUCCAUUUUCAGUCCUUUGCCAAUGUCUCCACUUAAGCUCCUUGUCAUUCUUCUUCACACUGUAACCAUUUUUACUUCAGCUUCCACUACUGAAUUUGUCUACAACACAAACUUCAACACCACAAAUAUCAUCCUAUAUGGAAAUGCCUCUAUUGAGACCUCCAUUCUUACUCUCACAAAUCAAAGUUUCUUCUCCAUAGGCCGUGCUUUUUACCCUCACAAAAUACCUACCAAACUAGCCAACUCUUCCACCUUUCUCCCCUUUGCAACCUCCUUCAUUUUCUCAGUUGUCCCCAUUAAAAACUUUAUCACUGGUCAUGGCUUUGUCUUCCUAUUCACGCCAUCAAGCGGUGUAAAUGGCACGACCUCAGCUGAGUAUAUCGGUCUUUUCAAUCGCAGCAAUGAAGGCAAUCCUCAGAACCACGUUUUUGGAGUCGAGUUUGAUCCAGUUAAAAAUGAAGAAGAGUUCAACGAUAUAAGCGACAAUCAUGUCGGUGUCGACAUAAACUCGCUUCGUUCCUCAACUUCACACGAGGCUGGUUAUUGGGGUGGAAAAGGUGACAAAGAAUUUAAGGUGUUGGAUUUCAAAAAUGGAGAAAACUAUCAGGUAUGGAUUGAAUUUAUGCAUUCCCAGCUUAACGUUACUAUGGCUCGGGCGGGACAAAAGAAGCCUCGAGUGCCUCUUAUCAGCAGUAAUGUCAACCUUUCAGGCGUUCUUAUGGAUGAAACAUACGUUGGAUUCACUGCAGCAACAGGGAGGAUAAUAGACAGUGCUAAGAUUCUUGCUUGGAGUUUUAGUGAUUCAAAUUUUUCAAUUGGUGAUGCAUUAGUGACAGAAAAUUUGCCUUCAUUUGUUCAUCAUAAAAAGUGGUUUCCUGGAGCACAAGCUUUCGCGGUAGGUGUCACCAGUAUUGUGUUUGUGUUAAUCAUUAGUUGUGGUUAUGUAGCAUUUUUCGUUCUCCGCAGAAGAAAGACACAAGAAGAAGUUGAAGAUUGGGAACUGGAGUAUUGGCCUCACAGGAUUGGUUUCCAUGAGAUCGAUGCAGCAACAAGGGGGUUUUCUGAAGAGAAUGUGGUUGCUGUAGGAGGGACCGGGAAGGUAUAUAAAGGGGUUUUGCAUGGGGUAGAAGUUGCAGUCAAGAGAAUUCCUCAAGAAAGGGAAGAAGGGAUGAGAGAGUUUUUGGCCGAGGUUUCAAGCCUUGGCAGAAUGAAGCACAGAAAUUUAGUAGGAUUAAGAGGCUGGUGCAAAAAAGAAAAGGGAAAUUUGAUUCUAGUUUAUGACUUCAUGAGCAAUGGAAGUUUAGACAAAUGGAUAUUUGAGUGUGAAGAGGGAAUGAUGCUAACAUGGGAAGAGAGGAUUCAAGUUUUGAAAAAUGUAGCCACAGGGAUUCUAUACCUGCAUGAGGGUUGGGAAGUUAAGGUCUUGCAUAGGGACAUUAAAGCAAACAAUGUUCUUCUUGAUAAGGACAUGAAUGCAAGGCUGGGAGAUUUCGGAUUGGCUCGUAUGCAUGAUCAUCAGGGACAAGUGGUCAGCACAACAAGAGUAAUAGGGACAGUAGGAUACAUUGCUCCUGAAGUGAUUCAAAGAGGAACAGCGUCAACUUUGUCUGAUGUGUUUGGUUUUGGAAUAUUGGUGUUGGAAGUAAUUUGCGGACGAAGACCUAUUGAAGAACAUAAGCCGGGGCUAAUUGAAUGGCUGAUGUCCUUAAUGGUGCAAGGCCAAUUGCACAGUGCAGUUGAUGAAAGGUUGAAGGCUAAAGGGGGAUACACCAUAGAGGAAGCUGAGAGAUUGCUUCAUUUGGGUUUGUUGUGUUCACAUACAGACCCUAGUAUUAGACCAACAAUGAGGCAGGUUGUGAAAAUUUUGGAGGUGGAAAUUGACAGCAUUGAGUCUGAUGAAGAUAACAUGGAAAUGAGUUUGCUUGGAAAAAUAAGAUCAGCUACUACGUGGUCUAGAGCUGAAUGUGCUUUACCAUACAGUGGUUACCCUUCUUUUGAUGAAGUUAAGAUGUUCAGUUUUAAUUCUAGGACUUCUAGAAGUGGCUCAAGUACCUUUCUAGGAUCAGAAUCAGAAAUCACCAGAGAAAACAUAUGAUGUUUUAGCUUUUCCAUUUGUUGCAGAUUUUAGGUUAUCCAAAUCCUGUUGUAAUGAAUAGACAACAUUCAAGAUCUAGCUUGUUUGGAUCGAGCCUGUGUUCAUUACCAAAAAAGAAACAAAACAAAACAAAAGAUGAACAACUUUAGAGUGCGAUUUCUAAGAGUUUGUUUAUGAGAUUGUCAUAUAUUCUGCUAAAAAAAGUGUGGUAUUUCGUAAAUUA